UCCUCCUCCUCAUUCUCCUCCUCCAAAACCUCCUCAACCUCCUCCUCCUCAUUCUCCUCCUCCUCAACCUCCUCCUCCUCAUUCUCUUCCUCCUCAAAUUCCUCCUCCUCAAAUUCCUCCUCCUCAACCUUCUCAUUCUCCUCCUCCUCAACCUCCUCAUUCUCGUCCUAAUUCUCAACCUCCUCAACCUCCUCCUCCUCAUUCUCCUCCUCCUCCCAAUUCUCCACCUCCUCAACCUCCUCCUCCUCAUUCUCCUCCUCCUUAAUCUCCUCCUCGUCAUUCUCCUCCUCCUAAACCUCCCCCUCCUCAACCACCUCAACCUCCUCCUCCUCAUUCUCCUCCUCCUCAACCUCCUCCUCCUAAUUCUCCCCCUCCUCAACCUCCUCCUCCUCAUUCUCCUCCUCCUCAACCUCUUCCUCCUCCUCCUCCUCCUCCUCAUUCUCCUCCUCCUCAAACUCCUCCUCCUCAUUCUUCUCCUCCUCAAACUCCUCCUCCUUAUUCUCCUCCUCCUCAUUCUCCCAAAACUCCUCAACCUCCUCCUCAACCUCUUCAACCUCCCCCUCCUCAUUCUCCUCCUCCUCAACCUCCUCAUUCUCCUCC